AAAACUCCUGUACGAAGCACUCGUGGUAGAACUUCUCAAACUUUAUCGAAUGAUCAAAGUUUAGAUUCGUUGGAAAAAGGAAUGAUAAAUAUUCAAGAGCAAGUGAAAAUCGGCUUUAAUCAUCUUUCAAGUGAAAUCCGCUCUCUAGGUUCUUCUAAAUCGAAACAGAAAUCAAUCAAAUAUCAUCAAAAAUCAAUUAAAAUCAACGAUUUAAUCAAUUUAUCUGAUGAAAUUGAUGAUUAUGAAGUAGAUACCGAACAAGAAGAAAUUGAGGAAAUUAGUCCUGUAUAUGAAGAUUCUUUUUCAGAAGGAGGAAGAGAAUAUAAGGAUAGUAAAUUGCAAGAGAAGACACAGAAACAACUCAUUAAAAAGAAACGAAAAGAAAUCAGGAAUGGGCGACGAAAAUGGAAAGAUGGAAAACUAAAUGAAAACCAAAAAAAGGAAAAAAAGCGUAUAGGCCAUAUAACAAAUCAUUUAUCUGAGAAACGUGGACGAAGAUUAAAAGGAGCUUUAUCCAUGACUAACAAUCCAAAAUACAGAGAAUGGAUAAAGGGACAUGGCAUUAAGAACGUAAAUGAGAUAUUAAGUAGAAAUGAUUACCAUUCGCCAAAGGAAAGCAAUCCAGAGAAUGAUCCCAGUUCUUCUAUAGAAUGCAAGCGACUUUUAGUAUAUAAGCCAUCCUGGAGAACUGAAAAAUUAACAUAUUUUUUACAUAUGAUCGAUGAAUAUGUUGAGGAAUACUUUCCAGAAAAUAAGAAAAAUAAGGACGCUUCUACAAAUACUAUUUGGUGGAUUAUUAAUGAUAGAGGUCCACUAUCACCGCUUUUUAAAUCAAUUGAUUUGGAAAAGGAUGAAUAUUUAGAGAGUAGUGAUAAGAAUAAGGAAGACAUUAAUGUAGAACCUACGUAUGAUGGAGUAUCACAAUUUACGUAUAAUGAAGUAUCGCAAUCAUUACAAAAAAAAAAAGGGAUAAAUAACUUUAAUAUUUUAUACAUUAUACAAUUAGAUUGCGAAUCACGAUCAUCAUUAGAACAAGCCGCAUCACGCGAUAUUAUUUCAAAAAGAAAAUUGAAACUAAAGAGCAGUAAUCGUGACGAUAAUGAUGAGUUAUAUCUUAGUG